ACCUGUGAGCUGACAAAUGCUCUGGCUCCGGUGGUGACAGGUUGUCCAGCUUCUUACAGCCAUCUUCACUGAAACUAAGGUUAACUCCUCACUCUCUAUGGACAGCUACUCUCGAUUUCCAAGGGCGUGAAGAAUUUUCUUUUACUCCUGUGCUUUCAUCUAAAAGUUCUCCUUGGAUAAUUAUCAUCACAGUGGAUUGCCUGGGUUGGACAUCCUCAACUGGGUCAACUAAAAAAAGAAAGAAUGCAAGACGACAGCAUAGAAGCUUCUACUUCCAUAUCUCAGCUUCUAAGAGAGAGCUAUUUAGCAGAAACUAGACACCGGGGAAACAAUGAGAGAAGUCGAGCAGAACCGUCCUCCAACCCUUUCCAUUUUGGCAAUCCUUCUGGAGCUGCUGAAGGAGGAGGAGGCCAAGAUGACCUUCCAGAUCUUUCAGCCUUCCUGAGCCAAGAAGAAUUAGAUGAAAGUGUCAAUCUGGCAAGACUGGCCAUCAAUCAUGACCCUUUGGAGAAAGCAGAUGAAGCUCAAGCCAGAAAACAUCUUUCAUCUGAUCAAUUGAAACAUUCACCUAAAUCAAGUUUUGACCCCAACUUCUGUCAGGAUAACUCUCGAGGUCCUACCAGCUCUAAAGAGAGACCUCAUGAGGCAAAAAGGCCACAGUAUAGCUCUGAAACCCAGUCCAAAAAAGUAUUCUUAAAUAAAGCUGCCGAUUUCAUUGAAGAGCUGUCCUCCCUUUUCAAAGCCCAUAGCUCCAAAAGGAUUAGACCUCGUGCCUGCAAAAACCACAAGAGUAAACUCGAAUCUCAAAACAAACUUACGCAGGAAAAUAGCUCCAGUUUGUCAGAUAUCUCAGAAAGAAGAGAAAGAUCUUCUGUUCCCAUCCCUAUCCCUGCAGAUACUAGGGAUAAUGAAGUGAAUCACGCCCUUGAAAGGCAGGAAGCUAAGAGGCGCGAAGCUGAGCAGGCUGCCAGUGAGGCCGCUGGUGGAGACACCACCCCAGGCUCUUCACCUUCAUCUUUGUACUAUGAAGAACCUCUGGGGCAACCUCCUCGGUUCACUCAAAAGUUACGGAGCAGAGAAGUUCCAGAAGGAACCAGAGUACAGUUGGAUUGCAUAGUGGUAGGAAUUCCACCACCCCAAGUAAGGUGGUACUGUGAAGGAAAGGAGCUUGAAAAUUCCCCAGACAUUCAUAUUGUCCAGGCAGGAAAUCUGCACUCAUUGACCAUUGCUGAAGCCUUUGAAGAAGACACAGGACGCUAUUCCUGCUUUGCUUCUAACAUCUAUGGGACAGAUUCAACCUCUGCUGAGAUUUAUAUAGAAGGGGUUUCUUCUUCUGACUCAGAAGGGGACCCUAACAAGGAAGAGAUGAAUCGAAUCCAGAAGCCAAAAGAGGUAUCAUCUACUUCCACUACUUCUACAGCCAUUCCUUCAGCAGCACCCCAAGCCCAGCAUGUGGUGGCCCAGCCCAGGGUGUCAGCCGUCCAGCAGUGUCAGAGCCCUACCAACUAUCUGCAAGGAUUGGAUGGAAAACCUAUCAUUGCAGCUCCUGUGUUUACAAAGAUGUUACAGAAUUUAUCAGCCUCUGAAGGUCAGCUGGUGGUCUUUGAAUGCAGAGUAAAAGGAGCUCCAUCUCCUAAAGUUGAGUGGUACAGAGAAGGGACCUUGAUAGAAGAUUCUCCAGAUUUCAGAAUUUUACAGAAAAAACCUCGAUCCAUGGCAGAACCAGAGGAGAUUUGUACUUUGGUCAUUGCUGAGGUGUUUGCAGAAGACUCUGGGUGCUUCACAUGUACAGCAAGCAACAAAUACGGCACGGUGUCAAGCAUUGCACAGCUCGAUGUAAGAGGAAACGAAGACCUCAGAAAUAAUGGGUCUCUUCACUCGGCCAAUUCCACCACCAACCUGGCUGUUACUGAGCAACAGCCAUCCCCACCCAACCCAGAGCCCCCUUCUGUGGAACAAGCCCCUAAACCCAAACUUGAAGGAGUUCUGGUGAACCACAAUGAGCCCCGGUCCAGCUCCAGGAUUGGGCUCCGUGUGCACUUCAACCUGCCUGAAGAUGACAAAGGAAGUGAAGCAUCUUCUGAGGAGGGUGUGGUGACCACCAAGCAGACCAGGCCGGAUUCUUUCCCGGAAAGAUUCAAUGGACAGGCAGCAAAAAUCCCUGAGCCUUCUUCACCCAUCAAAGAACCCCCUCCAGUUCUGGCCAAACCCAAACUUGAUUCCAGUCAGCUACAACAGCUUCACAACCAAGUCCUACUGGAACAACAGCAGCUGCAAAACCUAUCUCCCUCCUCUCCUAAGGAGUUUCCUUUCAACAUGAGUGCUUUGAACUCCACUGUUUCCCAGGCGGUGAUGAUGCCCAGCAAGCAGGUGAAGGCUCCUUCAUCACAGACAUUCAGCUUGGCCCGGCCAAAGCAUUUCUUCCCCUCUCCAAACACCACCGCAGCAACUGUGUCCCCUUCCAGCUCGCCAGUGUUCACCCUGAGCAGCACUCCUCAAACCAUUCAGAGGACAGUGAGCAAAGAGAGCCUCUUGGUUUCUCAGCCCUCCGUGUCAAACAAAUCUCUAGGAGGAGUUUCCGUCCCAAAUGAGCCACCCCCUCUGGCUCCAGUAGAGCCAGCACCAGCGCCACUCACGUUUGCCAUCUCCAGUGGAAACCAGUUUCAGCCCCGCUGUGUUUCCCCAGCUCCUGUCUCUCCCACUAGCCGGAUUCAGAACCCAGUGGCUUUCCUCAGCUCUGUUUUGCCUUCUCUCCCUGCCAUCCCUCCCACCAAUGCCAUGGGGCUGCCCAGAAGUGCACCAUCUGUGCCAUCCCAGGGACUAAUGAAGAAAAACACAAAGUCUCCCCAACCGGUGAAUGAUGAUUACAUUCGUGAAACUAAGAAUGCGGUCAUUCAAGACUUGGGGAAAAAAAUGAAUUUCAGUGAUGCCAGAUCAAACCAGCAGGAGUACAAAAUUUCAAGCUUUGAGCAGAGGCUGAUGAAUGAAAUAGAGUUUCGCUUGGAACGUACCCCUGUUGAUGAAUCAGAUGAUGAAAUCCAACAUGAUGAGAUCCCCACGGGCAAGUGUAUUGCUCCCAUCUUUGACAAAAGACUCAAGCAUUUCCGGGUUACAGAAGGCUCUCCAGUGACAUUUACCUGCAAAAUUGUUGGAAUACCUGUUCCAAAGGUUUACUGGUUCAAAGAUGGGAAGCAGAUUUCAAAGAGAAAUGAGCACUGCAAAAUGAGGCGAGAAGGAGAUGGGACGUGCUCUCUGCACAUCGACUCCACCACCGGUGAUGAUGAUGGCAACUACACUAUCAUGGCUGCCAACCCCCAGGGACGAAUCAGCUGUUCUGGCCACUUGAUGGUACAAAGUUUGCCCAUUCGCAGUCGACUAACAUCUGCUGGUCAGUCUCACAGAGGAAGGUCCCGAGCACAAGAGAGAGACAAAGAGCCCCUACAGGAACGCUUUUUCCGACCACAUUUCCUUCAGGCUCCUGGGGAUAUGGUAGCUCACGAGGGGCGCCUCUGUCGUCUGGACUGUAAGGUGAGUGGCUUACCGCCCCCAGAGCUGACGUGGCUGCUCAAUGGCCAACCGGUGCUACCAGACGCCUCCCACAAGAUGUUGGUCAGAGAGACUGGAGUCCACUCUCUGCUCAUUGACCCGCUCACUCAACGUGAUGCAGGGACCUAUACAUGCAUUGCUACCAACAAAACCGGACAGAAUUCCUUUAGUCUGGAGCUCACCGUAGUAGCCAAAGAAGUGAAGAAAGCACCCGUGAUCCUGGAGAAACUGCAGAACAGUGGAGUUCCUGAAGGCCACCCCGUGAGGCUGGAGUGCCGGGUGAUAGGCAUGCCUCCACCUGUGUUCUUCUGGAAGAAGGACAACGAGACUAUCCCUUUCACCCGAGAAAGGAUCAGUAUGCACCAGGACACAACAGGGUAUGUCUGCCUCCUCAUUCAGCCAGCCAAGAAAUCCGACGCUGGAUGGUACACGUUGUCAGCCAAGAAUGAAGCUGGCAUUGUGUCGUGCACUGCGAGGCUGGAUAUAUAUGCUCAGUGGCACCAGCAGAUCCCACCGCCCAUGUCGGUCCGGCCCACUGGCAGUCGCUACGGAUCUCUCACCAGUAAAGGACUUGACAUUUUCUCUGCCUUCUCCUCCAUGGAAAGCACAAUGGUGUAUUCAUGUUCUUCUCGGAGUGUAGUGGAGAGUGAUGAACUUUAGGAAUGUCUGGGUGCCGGCUGUGUAAGGGGGCAGACUGUGGAGGGGGAAGGAGGACAAGCCAGACACAGCGGUUUCCAAGCAACUGGAUUUGAGUGAGUUCCCAUGCUGCUGGACCCGUGGCAAGAAGUGCUUCGAAUAAGUCAGCUGGGGACUCUUGCUAUCUCAGCUAGGGGAAAGAUGUAGGGCUGUGCCUUUUAAAGAUUCCAACAAAAAUGUGAGAAGAUGAUAACAGAUGAACCAAAGAUGUCAUGAAGUCACCCACUGCUUUGGGAAAAAGCUAGCAUGCUCCCCUGUCCCCUGCUAUGUUAGGGAUAUUUAUGCCCUAUUAGGAGUAAUGAGGGGCCAUAUGUUUGGACUGAAAGGAGUUAGACAGUAGUGACCUUAGGAAUCACUAACUCACCAAACAAUUAAAGGGAAAAGGUGGGGAGGUCUCCAUUACCUUUCAUCAGUUAAAUCCGUAGCAGUAGUUUUGAUGGAUUCAUUUAAUCAGCUUCUACUUAGCCUUAAGAGAUCGUGCCAUACGACUCACAGAUGUGGAGAAGCACUUUUGAUUUACUUAUCCUGAGUGUACUGAGCCACGUAUUAAGGUGCCAAAAUGUGCUUGAGAUACCAAAAAAUUCACUGAAACACCCUCAAUAUUGCACAACACACUUGUUCGAUAGCCAAAACAAGGCCCCAUUAGCCUGUCUGCUUCAUUUUCUUUUGGAUAUAAUGGUGAGUGGUUUUGCUUUCUGACUUUAUACAUCCCCAAAUUCUAGAACUAAAAGGUUGCUAGUAAACCAACCGAAAAGAAAGCUUCUAUGGGGUCACUUUUAAAGCUACUAGCUUCAUUGCCGCUUGCAAAAUAUGCAAGAGUUGUCAUCGUCUGCCCCUCUUCUCUCCCCAAAAGGCUGGAAGUGUAUGAGGCAGUGAGGGAGGAAGAGAUGCCAACAAGGAAAGGAAGUGAUGGGAGAGUGUUGUUUUUCACUUGUCCUAGAAGAGCAGUGGGUGUGGAAGGAGACAUCUCUAAUAGGUAUGAACUGUGUUUCAGAUAAUUUGCAUUUUCUAUAUGGAAAACAUCAUGCUAAAAAAAAAAUCAUGCUAACCAGGAAAGUGGGAGGAAAGGGGAGUAUGCAUCUUUGUUCUAACCCACCUAUUCAAAACCUGCCUCUUAAGCAAUUUUUAGAACUAAAUUCACUACGAUUAUCCCCAGUGCCUAGAAGAGUGCUUAGCACUGCGUAGAUAUUCAAUAGAUAUUUGUUGGAUAAAUGAAUCUUAUAUUAGAUAGAGAAAUCUGCAAUUCACACAGCAGUCCAAAAACUGCCCUGGGAAUGGUCCUCACAGCACAGCUUGCUCCAGACUCCCCUGUGAAAUGAAUUGGAGGUGUCUGUUACCAAUUCCUGGUGUGCAGGUGUCUGGUGUUCUCUGAGCCAGGGACCCUCAGCUAGUAUCUAACUCCAAUGAACAAAUAGUAGUUGUUUAGAAAGGUUUGAAAUUUUCUUCACUUCAAGGCAAGGACUUCCAGUAUAAAAAUAAAUUCAUUCACUCAAAAAAAGCAUUUGUGUGUCUACUCUGUAUAAGAUGCUAUGCUAGAGACUUAUGAAUAGGACACAGUCCCUGACCUCAAGGAGCUUACAAUCUAGUAGGGGAGGUAAGAUGUAAGGCAUAAUGAGUGCUGCUUUGGGGGGGGGGGGGAAUCUAUUCUUUAUCAAAUAGAAGUUUCCAGUUCUCUUCACCCUAUUUUUUUUAUGACUCUGAAAUCAUCUUAAUAUUUUCAAUCUUUAUUUCUUAAUGAAACAAAUGCCGCAGCUUACAUCACUAAGAAAUAAAGGUUUCAGUCAAUUAUUCAGUGAUAUUAUUAGAUUUUUGUUUUCUUUUUUCAUGUAUUCAGGAGCAAUACUAAAAAUACAGGCAACUGUAAUGACAGCAUACGUUUCAUGCAGAAUGCAUCCUAUAAAAUAUUCUGUUUCCGGGUUGGCUUCUAUUAUGGAAUCUCUUCUACCCAAAGAGGACUUUCUAACUCCAGGAUUGUUCCUUCUCGGUCAUUCACCUGACCUUCCUAUCACAUCUAUUUCUGUAGACCCUAAGUAGUUCUCCUAUAAAAGGAUAUUUUUCACCUCUGUAUGUCUUAGCUUUCUAAAUACUUUUUAUCUGUUGCCUUUUAGUGUUCACCAGAGAAUUAGGAUGAGUAUUAUACUUGACCACUGGAUGGCGCUGUCGAACCUAAAAUAUAAGAAACCUAAAAAUUCCUGAAAUUGGAGACACUGGAUUAUGUCAAUGCAGGAUUUCUGAACCUCAGAAUUAUUGACCUUGUGGGGUGGAUCGUUCUUCAUUGCAGGGGCUGUCCUGCAAAGUGCAGGAUGUUUGGUAACAUCACUGGCCUCUAACUGGAUGUCAGCAGUAUUAGCAGCUGAUCCCCACGUUGUGGCUACCCAAAAUGUCUCCAGACAAUGCCAUAUGCUUCCUACCAGGCAGAGUCCUUCACUGUGUUGAAUAAAUCAGUUCCCUGCUUUGGGAAUUCCAUUAGAAGUCAAUUAUAAUGAGGGAUACGUAUAUAAGAAAUUUUGGUUCGGCUGGAUAUGUUUGGACUCAACAUGUCCCAAAUCAGAUUCAUCAUCUUCCCUUUCAUAAAUCAUUCUUCAGCCUCGUUUAAUGAUUUCUACUAAUGGCUCCAUCACAUUCUUAGCGAUCCAGAUAAAAAGCAUCCAAGUCACUUUUGCUUCCUCUCGCCAAUCGAUCAACAGAUCCCAUUAAUUCUAUUAUUUCUUCUACAUUCAGCCCUUCCUUUCCAUCCCCCUGCAGUUCUCCAGUUCAGACUUGCAUUACUUUAUUAAUUUCCCUCAAUAUUUCUGAUUUCAACCAUAACAAAAGACUUCUAAGUGGCCUUUCUGCCUCUGUUCCUGCCAUUUCUCCCAUUCAAAUCCAGUCCAGAUCUCAGUGUCAGCUCUUUCUUCCUGAAGUACUGCUCUAUUCAUACUCUUCCUCAAUUUCAAACCCCCAGUGGCUCCCUGGAGCCAGUCAGGUACCCCCUCUUCUGCCCUGUUGUAUUCAAGGCUUAUUCCAAUAUGAUGCCAAAACUUUUCAACCCCUUCCUCAGAAAACACACCCAAUAUGGCAGCAAACCUAACAUAGGCCCCUGCUUUCCAGCUCCUUGCCUCUCUGUCACUUCUGCCUUGGAAGACUCUCUCUCCCCAGCCUCUACCCAUGGCAAUCUUAGCUGUUCCUUAAAGCCCAUCUAAAAAUGCCACUGCCUCUGGGAACUAUUUUCUGAUCCCCCAGGCCCCACCCAAAUACAUUCUACUUUCUUUGAAAACUUAUAGCAAGUUUCUUGAAUCUAGAAGAAGAAAAGAUGGCCUUGUAUAGUAUUUUAUAUAAAAUAUAGCCUCUCUAUACCUGCCUGUUCCCUCUGCUUGCACUAGCCAGUCUUGCCCACACUAGGUUUUAGCUACUGUUGGGAUGGACUGUGUCGAAGUUUGUCAUGUACCUUAUACAGAGUAGGCACUCAAUAAAUAUUCAUUGACCUAAACUGAACUUCAAAUUUCUAGGUACGUCAGUAUGUUCCCAUACAAAGUGAACUGAGACUAGAGCAGUGGUUCUUAACCUGGGCUGCAUAUUAGAAUCUCCUGAAGAGCUUUUAAAAAUAUUGAUACCCAGGCACAACCCCAAAUCAGUUAAGUCAUAAGCUCCGGAAUUGUGGCAUAAGCAUCAGGAUUUAUGAAAGCUUCCCAGGUGAUUCCAAAGAGCAGCCGCAUCUACGGAGAGUAAUUUCAGAACUUACCCAGAAAGGUCCAAGGGGAUGCAGAGAGCAUAAAGCUGUAGUUUGGGCACCUGGUGAAGAAUAUACUCCCCUCUGUGGUACAUGCAGUGCAUGCCUAGAAAGUAGAAAUAAACACACACUUUGGCCUUAUUGGACCCUCCUAUUUUGUGCAACACUCUUAGACAUGUAGCAUUCAUGAAGCCCCCAGAGGAAGCUCAAAAACCUGCAAAAAUGGACCAGGGAAGGAGAGAAAGUUGAUGCAAUUUGUCUGGUCCUUUGUUUCUAAAAGUCACACAGGUCCCAUAAGCACUCUCCUCUCUAAACAAUUUGAAAGGCUUUUCUUAAUUUGAUUAGUUGUGGAAAUGGAGAUCAAUGUACCCUUCUCUUUUUAUUCCUCACUUAAUUUUUGUAACAUUCAAUGAGAAAUUGAAUAGUUGAGAGACCAGAAGUAGAUAGAGCUAGAGCUCUGGAUGAAACGAACCACGGAGAGUAAUGCCUAGAGGAGUCAAAAGCUGACUUUUAUAGGGACAGGUUAGUUUGAAUAAUCUUCAAACGACAAAUGGGUUGCUUUCCAGAUGCUCACUUGUAAAUUGGUUGUUUAAAACUCAGAAUAUAUUUCCUUUCACCCAAAACACAAUGCUAGAUUCCCAAGUGAACUCAGUAAACCCAAUUUAAUUCGUGACUGAGUUACAAUAUCUAUUACAUCUGAUUGGGUGAUGGUCCCAAGAACAGGAUCCAGGCAAAGCAGCCCAUAACGUAAGAGGAGAAGAGAAACUACUUCCUCCUUUUUUGUGUCUAUGAUGUGGUCUAAGGUCCUUUGCAUCUAUCCACCAUUCUGUGUUUUUCUCCCCAGAUGCCCCGGGCUCCAUGUCCUAUAACCCCCCUCUGUGGUAACCCAUCCCAUCUCAGCCUGCCAGCAUGCUGCUUGCUCCAAAAUGACUUAACUCCAGUUCCAGGCAUUUCAGGCCGAUGGUCAGAAGAAAGCAGUCCAACUGAAUGAAUUCUGAUUACCUGAGAGUCUUUUAACUUCAUAGAGGGGCUGCAUUCUUUUUAAGCAGUUGCCUUCUUACUCCUAUCAACUUCUAAUUGACAGAAUUGCUAACAAAGUUUAAAAAAAAAAAAAAUCAGGUUGGGAGGGGGAGGUCUAGAA